AUGGCUGCCCCUACAGCUCUUCGUCAGGCGGUGCCCGAGCUCCACCAGGUUCAACCUCAGGCUACAAACGACGAUGAAGUCUUGAUCGAUGCACAGGCGACAGAGCCUGAUGCCUCCAACUUGGUCGCCGAAUCUGCGGAAGACAACGAAAUGCGCAUCGACGAGGAAGGUCGCCCCGUUUUCACCCCAGCCAAGGAAAUCAGCGCCGCAUACCGCAUCGAGACUCGCAAGGUGCCUGUCCCGCCACACCGCAUGACCCCCCUCAAAGCGAACUGGACCAAGAUCUGCCCUCCUAUCGUCGAACACCUCAAGCUCCAAGUGCGCAUGAAUGUCAAGAGCCGCGCAGUCGAACUCCGAACCUCCAAAUUUACUAACGACGUAGGAGCGUUGCAGAAGGGCGCGGACUUUGUCAAGGCUUUUACUCUUGGUUUUGACAUCGACGAUGCUAUUGCUCUUUUGCGACUGGAUGAUCUUUACAUUCAAACAUUCGAGAUCAAGGAUGUGAAGACAUUGAAUGGGGAGCACCUAGGACGUGCAAUUGGCCGUAUUGCCGGCAAGGAUGGAAAGACCAAAUUUGCGAUUGAAAAUGCCAGUCGCACUCGUGUGGUGCUUGCAGACCAGAAAAUUCACAUCCUUGGUGGAUUCAAGAACAUUCACAUUGCCCGUGAGGCCAUCGUCAGCCUGAUCCUGGGUAGCCCUCCGGGCAAGGUCUACGGCAAUCUACGAACCGUUGCUUCACGAAUGAAGGAGCGGUUCUAG